AAACGCGUUUACUUCCUCUCUUGUAUAAUCCUUUUAUUAAUCUCUCUUCGUUUUCUCAGAGAAUUUUGCAGAGAGGCAGCCAAUCCAUAGCUAUUUUCAUAACAUUAAAGCUUUACUUUUUCUGUCCUUUUUUUUUUUUUAGUUUAACUUUUAAUUUUUCUUCUCUCUGGGUUUCAUUGAUAUUGUAAUGAGAAACUUGAAUCAGAUCCAUGGGAGCUAGUUCCAUCAAAUCAUCUCAAAAGAACCCAUUUUUCACACCAAAAACACCCAUAAUUUCCCAAGCUCCACCCAGAUCCAUCUUCAGAUAAUCCCAAUUUCCUUUUCUAUUAAAAACCCAUUUUUUCUUCAUCUAAAUUAAGACACCCAGAUCCUCAAAACCCAAAAAGAAACCAUGAAAAACCAAUCGAAAAUGUUCACGAUCGGGCUAGUAUCAGCCUGGUACUCUUCCAACAUAGGUGUCUUGUUGUUAAACAAGUAUUUACUAAGCAAUUACGGUUUCAAAUACCCAAUCUUCUUAACCAUGUGUCACAUGACAGCUUGUUCUUUGUUAAGCUACAUCGCAAUUGCAUGGAUGAAGAUGGUUCCAAUGCAGACCAUUCGAUCUAGGGUUCAGUUUUUCAAGAUCACGACUUUGAGUUUAGUCUUUUGCGUAUCGGUGGUGUUUGGGAAUAUUUCUUUGAGGUAUUUGCCGGUUAGUUUCAAUCAGGCUGUCGGUGCUACGACACCGUUUUUCACUGCGGUUUUCGCUUACUUGAUGACAUUGAAGAGGGAAGGUUGGCUUACUUAUAUUACUCUAGUCCCUGUUGUUACUGGGGUUAUCAUUGCCAGUGGGGGUGAACCGAGUUUCCAUCUAUUUGGGUUUAUCAUGUGCAUUUCAGCUACGGCUGCACGAGCUCUCAAGUCAGUUUUACAAGGAAUUUUGCUUUCAUCCGAAGGAGAGAAGCUGAAUUCCAUGAACCUCCUCCUUUACAUGGCUCCGAUAGCUGUUGUAUUUCUACUUCCGGCAACACUCAUUAUGGAGGAAAAUGUGGUGGGUAUAACCCUUGCCCUUGCCCGAGAUGAUGUCAAGAUCAUAUGGUAUCUACUAUUCAAUUCAGCAUUAGCAUACUUUGUGAAUUUGACCAACUUUUUGGUCACGAAACACACCAGCGCCCUAACUUUGCAGGUUCUAGGAAACGCAAAAGGAGCUGUAGCUGUUGUGGUUUCGAUUUUAAUUUUUAGAAAUCCAGUUUCCGUUACUGGGAUGCUCGGUUAUACCCUCACGGUCUUCGGGGUUAUACUCUACAGUGAAGCCAAGAAACGAAGCAAAUGAGACAUCAUCCUGGGAUUACGGUAUUGGUUGUGAUUGUGAUAUAUUUUAGUGCAAGGAUAUCAACAAUGUUCAAAGAGGCAAAGUUUCGGUAGCAUACAAUGCUGCGGAUUUGUAUGCUGCGGAUUUUGCGCCAUAGAUUCCUAUAAUUUUCCCAUGGAAACCUGGGAAGCUGCUUUUUCUUUUGUAUCGGCAACAGCUGCGGGAUUUUAGUCAAAAAUUAGAGGAAAUACCAUUUUCUGUUCAUUCUUUCAGGAGAAAAAAAGGUUGUAGAAUUGGUCUUUAUACAUUGUUUAGAUUUCCCAUAUUUCAUUAAUUAAUGGAAAAGAAAACUCGUAAAAUUUACCAUUCUA